AUGGAUCGAAUCGAUUAUUUAACAUUCUUCGUCAAUGGAACAGAAAUCAUUGCCCGGGAUUGUCAACCAGAAUGGACUCUAUUGUGGUAUUUGAGAAACAAAUGUCAUUUGACUGGUCCGAAGUUAGGAUGUGGAGAAGGUGGUUGUGGUGCAUGUACUGUGCUGAUUUCCCAUCACGACGAAGCAUCAGACAAGAUUGUUCAUCGAGCAGUCAAUGGAUGUCUAGUUUCGAUUUGUUCGGUGGAUGGAUGUCAUAUAACGACAGUCGAAGGUCUUAGUAGUAUAAAGGACGAUUCGUUACAUCCAAUACAACAACGUUUCGCUGAACUGUAUGCAUCACAGUGUGGUUUUUGUACGCCGGGGAUGGUCAUGGCAUUGUAUGGUACGCUGAAUAAUAUCGAAAACCCGACAAUGAAGGAUAUUGAAGAUUCCUUUGAUGGCAAUCUAUGCCGUUGCACUGGUUAUCGGCCAAUAUUAGACGCAGCAAAAACAUUCGCAUGUGACAAACAAUCAGUUGAUUGUAAUAAAAAUCAAUCAGUCGACCCUACAACGAUUAUCAGUACAACGGAAAAUAAACUACUGAACUAUAGUGAUACGCAGUGUCCUGUUUUUUUAUUUCCGCCAUCAUUGUUGAAGCACAAAGUACAAUCGAUACACAUCUCAGGUAAAUCUUCCGAAUGGUAUCGUUCAACGUCAUUGGCCGAACUUAUCGCAUUGAAGAGAGAACAUCCAACAGCAAAAAUAGUUUCUGGUCAUACAAUGGUUCAGAUGGAUCGAAAGUUUAAGGAUAAAAAGUAUUCUGUUCUAAUUGCUAUUUCACAAAUUUCAGAAUUAAAUGUGAUAGAGAAAUCCGAGCAUGGUAUGACCAUCGGUGCUUGUACAACAAUUGCAAAAUUCAAAGAGUACUGUCAAUCAUGUUUACAGGCAUUACCAUCACACCAGAUGCGAACAUGUCAAGCACUUUUAAGCCAGUUGAACAUUUUCGGUUCACAACAAAUUCGAAACCUGGCAACCGUGGGUGGUAAUAUCAUGCAUGGAUCGCCCAUAUCGAGUUUAAAUCCUGUUUUACAAGCAUGUGAUGCAAAAUUGAAAUUAAUCAAUUGUAAUAAUAGUGAAGAAUAUGAAAUACCUUUACGCGAAUUCUGCUUAUUGAAGAAGAAAUUGGGUGUGGAACAUAACCAAAUUUUGGUAUCAGUUUAUAUUCCUUUUGCAGAGAAAAAUGAAUAUUUACAAUCGUACAAGCAAUCGAAACGACGAAAAUUGGAUAUUCCUAUCAUAACCUGUGCGUUUCAAGUGAAAUUAGAACAAGUUUCGAUACAAGUUAAUGAGUGUGCACCAGACUUGAAGUGGAAGAUCCAAUCGACAUGUCUGGCGCUGGGCAGUAUGGCUCCGUACACAAUCACGAUGAGCAAAACACAAGAUUACCUUCGAGAUAGACCGUGGUGCAGACAAACAAUGAAAGAUGCAUUGAAAUGUUUACUUAAUGAAUUACCAUUGGACGAAUUCAGCCCAGGAGGGCAACCAGAAUAUCGUCGAACAUUGAUGACGUCAUUUUUCUUCAAAUUUUAUCUGUUCGUAACUGAACAAUUACGAGAAACUCGUCCGGAGAUAUCAACAGAUGAAUUGUCUCCAAGUGAACUAUCGAUAGCAACACCAUACAUACGAAAUCUCUCGCGCGGUGAACAAGAAUUUCAGUCAAAGCCGAAUUCAAAUUACAUUGUCGGUUCGUCCCAUACACACAAUAGUGCUUCUGUACAUGGAACAGGAGAAGCGAAAUAUACUUGCGAUAUACCAACACCUUCCGAUGGUUUAUAUUCUGCUCUUGUCUUAAGUACAGAACCCUAUGCAAAAAUUCUCUCGAUUGACACAACACAAGCUGAAGCAAUGCCCGGUUUCAAAGCAUUCAUUAGUCAUUUGGAUGUUACCGGUAGUCUUAUGACCGGUGAUGUUGUAAACGAUGAAGAAGUAUUUCCAACAACAACUAUUUAUUGUAUUGGCACAAUAAUUGGUAUGGUUGUUGCGGACAGUGAAGAAGGAGCACAACAAGCAUCGAAGUUGAUUCAAGUAAAAUAUGAAUGUUUAGAACCGUUGAUUGUCACCAUCGAUCAAGCAGUUGAACAUCAGUCGUACUCAGGACGAGAACUUUCUUUAAAAUUCGGCGACAUUGAACAAGGCUUCCAAGAAUCUGAACAUAUCAUCAAUGGUGAAUUCUAUAUGGGUGGUCAGGAACAUUUUUAUUUGGAAACAAAUUGCUGUUUGGCUAUACCGCAUGAACGUGGCGAAUUGGAAAUCUAUGCAUCAACACAGAAUGCAACCGGGGUUCAGGAAAAGGUCGCUGCAGCAUUAGGUAUACCCAGCCAUAAAAUAGUUGUUCACGUCAAACGAAUCGGUGGAGGAUUUGGUGGUAAGGAUUCCAUUCGUCACAUAAGACUCUGCAUUGCCGUUUCCAUUGCUGCUUUGAAAUUAAAACGACCCGUUCGCUUAACACUCGAUCGAAAUACCGAUAUGUUAAUCANUGUGUCACAUCUCUGUUAA